AUGCUUGUUUCCCUGUCGAAUUCUUAUGGUUUGCCCUUAUUUAUUAGGAGCAGGGGAUUGUCACUCUUUAGAAUCUCGAUAAGGGCAAACUCAUCGGCACCCAAUGUUGCGGUCCCUGGUGGGUCUGUCAAAAGUUUGGCACCAAUGAAUAUGAUUGUUUUGCCCGUCACCACCAAAAAGAAAUUCAUUUUCUACAAUUAUCAUAGAUCAUUUGAUUGGAAUACUUACUUGGAAUUACAGGCGAAAGAUGUCACUGGGAAAAGUUUUGGAGAAAAAUUACAGAUUAAAAGCCAGCUCAAUCUACUAAAGGUAACGAAGAAGAUGCAAACAGUAUGGGAAAACAUGUCCACUUCUAACAACAAGGUUAUGAAAUACAGUUACGAUACGGUUCAAAGGUUUCUUAAACGGAUCAAUUGGUUUGAAACCUGUCUCUCGUCUAUUCCAUCAAGAUCGACAGUGUUGAGAGAAAUCCGCACGGAAAUCAAGAAUAAUGAAUUUCUUGAGACCGUUGAUCUUAGUCAUGUCAAACAGAAACAUCAAGAUCGAAUGGAUUUUUUCCAGUCGUCGUUCAAAGAACACAAUUCCACCGAUAGAAAAGAUACCAUUGCUCAUGAAGAUGACUUCCUUGUUAACAAAGAAGUGUAUGCGACAUUAUUGAAACCAAUUCCAUUAUAUUAUCCAAAAUCUCUUUUAAGUGAGGCAGAUAUUGUGAAGUUUAUUAAUGAAGAUAUACAGGGCAAUUAUUACAAGCAUCAUAUGAGAUCAAUGAUUUACUGUAUUCUUGGGCUACCAUUGACCAUCCCAUUUGUUAUUUUACCAGUGAUCCCCAAUAUCCCGGGUUUUUACCUUUGUUAUAGAAUUUAUUGUCAUUGGAAAGUGAUGAGUGGGUUAAAACAUUUGAAUUAUUUGAUGAACGAUCCAUUGCCAACUAAUGGAGAAUCCCAGGGGCAUUUCCAGUUUGCGAAUCUACCACAGCUUGACCAGAUUUAUUCGACCCAUUAUAAGGAAUUGCCUUCAAUGGAUAAUCACCAUGAGGAAGAAAAAUUGUUGAUCAAUGAAAAAAUCAUUGAUGAAAUCAUUGACGUUACUGGAUUGGACCACAUCUCAAUGGCUUUACAUAACAGCUUGUCUCAAGAGAGAAAGAGACUUGAUAAAUCAUAA